AUCUUCUUGUACAAUGUUGAAUAAAAGAGCUAAAGCACACUCAGUUUUCUUCAUGUUCAUGUUUUUAUUACUGAUUAAUUUUAACUUGUCUCAGGGUAAUGAGGUUGAGUUACUCUUGUCCUUCAAGUCUUCAAUCAAUGAUCCGUCCGGUUUCCUCUCCAAUUGGAAUUCCUCAACGUCUUUCUGCCUAUGGCAUGGCAUCACUUGCAACAAUUUUUCUAGCGUCAAGGCAAUUGAGCUCAUUGAUAAAAACAUUACUGGAACAAUUUCCUCCUCAAUCUUUCAUUUGCCAGAGAUUGAGACCAUCAAUCUUACAACCAACCAACUCUCUGGUGAAAUUCCUUAUGAUCUGGUUUCUUCUGCUUCACUUCGAUAUCUUGAUCUUAGUCGCAAUAAAUUGACCGGUCCAACUCCAAACUGUUCAAUUUCUCUGGAAAUAUUACAUCUCUGGGAUAACCUGCUUUCUGGGAAAAUUCCACCGGAAAUUGGACUCUGCUCAAAUCUAAAAGAACUUGAUCUUGGUAGCAAUUAUUUGGUGGGGAGAAUUCCAAGCUCCAUAUCAAAUAUCACCAGUUUACAAAUCUUGACUCUUGCUGGAAAUGACUUAAUUGGCCAAAUUCCACGUGAAUUAAGCCAAAUGAAGAGCUUGAAGUGGAUUUACUUUGGUUAUAACAACCUUGCGGGCGAAAUUCCGCAAGAAUUUGGUCAUUUGGUUUCUUUGAAUCAUCUUGAUCUUGUUUACAACAAUCUCAGCGGACAAAUUCCAUCCUCGCUGGGAAACCUCAGCAAUCUUCAAUAUCUCUUCCUCUUUCAAAACAACCUAACAGGUUUUCUUCCUAGAUCCAUUUUUGGCCUCAAAAAGCUUAUUGGACUUGAUCUUAGUAAGAAUUACUUUUUUGGUGACAUCCCAGAACUCAUAAUUGAGUGGCAGAGCUUGGAGUUUCUUAAUCUUUGGGACAAUGACUUUACCGGUGAAAUUCCAAAUACUCUAGCAUCUUUGCCUCGUCUUCAAAUCCUUUCUCUUUCAAAAAACAGCUUGACUGGAGAAAUUCCUCCUUUGAUCUGCAAUGUAAGUUCCAUUGAAGUUCUGCACUUAUAUGAUAAUAACUUAAGUGGACUCGUUCCACAGUGUCUAGGGAACUUCAGCAAAAAUCUUUCAGUCUUAGAUUUGGGGAUGAAUAACUUUCAUGGAACCAUCAUUGAGACAUUUGAUGAGAAUUGUGGUUUGAGGAAUCUCAACUUAAAUAGCAAUAAAUUGGAAGGGUCGUUACCAGGAUCCUUGGCCAAUUGUAAAAAUCUAGAUUUGCUGGAUAUUGGUAACAACAAGCUAAAUGGUACGUUCCCCUAUUGGCUGUAUACUCUGCCAGAAUUACAAGUUCUUGAUUUACGGUCAAACAAAUUGCAUGGUAUCUUACAAAGUUCCAAGGCCAACCAUCCCCUUUCUAAGUUACGGAUUCUCGACCUAUCUAACAAUGAAUUCACUGGUCCUUUGCCGAAAGGCAUAAUAGAAACUUGAA